AUGUCGGGCUUUGAGAUUGCUGGAGUUGUCCUCGGCGGGUUUCCCAUCCUCUGCGAUGCCGCCAAGGACCUCAAAGGCAUCCUCAAGAAGGCCAAAUCGUGGUGGCAAUUCGAGGCGGCAUUCGAUAACUUCACCUCUGCCAUAGAGACACAGGAGGUUGCCUACUCACAAGUUUUGCAGCGUCUUCUUGGACCCUUGGAUAUUUCAGACAGCGAGUACGAAAGUCUCUUGCGGAACCCGCAGUCAACCCUCUGGCAUGACGCCAGUGUCCAGUAUGGGUUGCGGCAACGCCUCCUGGGAUCAGAACAUCGGUGGUUCAUGAGUAAUCUAGGGGACCUUAAUGAGGCUAUCGUUGACCUACAAAAGCUACUCCCACUCGAUCAGUUAUAUCACUUAGACUCCACCAGCAUCGAAAGCGAGAUCUAUCGCCUACAAACCAGUUUCAGCAGCGAAAAGGACCGUCUGUUGGAGCGCAUCACGAACAUCAACGACGAAUUACAUACUUUCUUUGAUCGAGCUUCAGGUGUGACCAGGCAGGCUGUACAGAAGCUGAACUUCUCGUUUACAGACUUGCACAACCAAGCACUUACAUUUUAUGAGUGUCUGUCCCAGCAAUGGCAUUGCUGUUGUUCGAUAGACCAUACGGUUGGCAUUACCAUCAACCCGACUACACUAAAACCCAUCAAACGGGCCAAUCUUGGAUUUUUUGACGUUCUUUUUGAAACUGAGACGAAAAGGAAGCAGUUGAAAUUACAUAUCGAGUCGUUCGUUGCCACAGAAUCCAAGCCGGAUAGUUUGGUCGAGCAACCGACUCCAACGAUCAAUAUUGAAGCAGUUGGCGAUAUGAGAGAACAGAUGAUUAUCAAGAAGCAAAUACAAUCGGUGUCAAUUACAGCAAGCGAAAAGAGCGUCGCUGCUCUGGCUUUUACGACCUUAUCCAUAUCAGGCCCCCCCUGUUCUGCUCCCCCACGGAGAUCAAUACUUAAGCGUAUGAGCAGAAAGUUACAGAAACCAAGGCCAGCGCCAGUAUCCAACCCAGCACCUUCUCUACAUAAAUCCGUCUCGAACGGAAGCUCGAUCUCAAGUCUCAACCGGAGUGUAUCGGGCACCACUGUGGUCCUCACUGACAACUCCAGUCUCAGUACUGCUCCAGAGAGCGAAACCCCAACAUCCAGUAUUUGCACUUUAGAUGCCUCCAAAGUGCGAUUUGGCGAUGCGGCCACAAAGCCGACAUCCACAGUCCCUAAUGACAACACCGAAACAGGAAAUCCGGUGGACAUAUGCAAACUAGCAACAGAAACCAAAACGAGCGAAAGCCACAGAAACAUUUUACCAGUAAGCGCAGGAAAAAGAAUUAUCCUGCAACCAGAAUCCCUAGAUCAAAGCCCCCUCGAGCCGCAAUCCAUAGAUGCCUUUCUCCGGGCAACAGCCAUGCGCUACAACCGCCUAUACAUUGGCCUUCGAUUUGCCCUGACACUCCUCAGCCUCGCCACAUCAGCCUGGGUGCCGACAGAACCAGCCAAAACCGAUAUUUUUCUAAUCUCACCCGGCGCGGCGAGCGACAAGAAGGCGCAGACGCAGCCACUGGGACCGUACUUCGCCCGAAGCGCCCGCGACAUCUGCACCACGACCAGCGCAAAGCACACCAAGACAUGGAACGCCAAAACGUCGCUGCUCCUAUUGGGUGUAGUACUCCUGGAGCUCUUCAACGGCGAUACACUCGAAAACCAGCCGUCGUGGGCCGAGUCGCUCGGUCCGGACGGACAACCCAACGAAAUGACGACGUUCUUGAGCGCAUGGCUGUGGAUGAACACUACGCAGAACACGAUGAAGGCCUGGAUUGGAGAGGACCUCGGCGGCGCCUUGUACGAGGCUAUCCGCAAAUGCCUGUGUUUCGACUUUGGCCGCGAUGAUGACUACGGUGAUACGCGGUUCGCGGAGGUCGUCUAUCGCGAGGUCGUAGUGCCGUUGGAGAAAUGUUGUCCGCUGAAGUGA